GCGCGGUUUGUUGUUGUGAAUGAAAGUGAAAGAGCUCGCAUGUAAAAUGGGAGGAAAAGAAAAUUGUUUGAAAGAUGAGGUAAUUUUAAAAGGAAAUAGUGAUGGAUUCCAAUGCACUGAACGGUUAACAAAGUGUAAGGACGCAGUUUGCUGUAUUCGGGCACUCGAUGGUAUAAAUGUAAGGCAUGGUACUGGAUUUUUUGCCAAGCUUGACAUCAAAGGUGUUGAAAUGAAAUGCAUUGUAACUAACAAUCAUGUUUUGCCAACAGAAGAGACAGCAAGAAAUGGGAAUGCAACUUUUUAUUAUGAAGGAUCAGCCACAGGCCUAGAUAUUAAGCUUGAACCAGACAAAUUAUUUUAUACACAUCAGAUUUUGGAUUACUCACUCAUUGGAUGUGAUUCAGACACAAUUGAAACUUCAUUGUGCAUAACCCCUUUGGAGUUUGUCAAUAUACAAGGAAACAUAGAUGAUGAAGUGUUUAUAUUCCAGCACCCUUACGGAGAGUCAAAGAAAGUAUCUUACCAAAAGAUUACUGAUAUACAACCACCAUUUGUAUUUUACAAAGCAGACACUGAUGAUGGAUCUUCAGGAUCACCAGUGUUUAAGAAAUUCCAGCUUCUUGCACUUCAUUCUAAAGGCUGUCUACAGAAAUACAACAAAGGGACACUAUUUUCAGAAAUUAUCAACCACUUGAACUAUGGGAUAUACACUGAACCAAGAUUGGGGCAUUUAGAUAGAACAUAUGAAAGAAAGAGGGAAUCAACAAGCAUAUUGGGUGAACAUGGUUCAAGAAAAAAAUCUAGACGGGAAAACCACAAUCCGCAAUGCGAAAUAAGCGGGGAAAAGGACCUAAGGUUAGAACCCAGUGAAAAGGAGCUACAAAACCUAGCAAAGGACUUGAUAAAUGACUGGAAAAGUCUUGGGAGAGAGUUAGAUGUUCCAAACAAAGAUAUUUUAAAGAUUCAUAAAGACAACAUUAACUAUGACGAUAUUGUCGAAAAAGCAUUUGCUAUGCUUCUGAAAUGGAAAGAGCUCAAGGGCAAUGAGGCAAAUUUUGAAAUCUUAAAAAGUGCGUUGAUAAACAUUGGUCUCGUGGCAACUGCUGAGAAACACUGUUGAACUUCUCAGACUAAGACAGGUUUAGUUGCUUGGAAAGUGAAUUUCGAAAGUACCGGAGAAGUAUUGAAACUUUAGCGUAACAAUACGUUUUUCUCAUCAGCCUCACUCGAACUAAAUGAUGUAUAUAUUGUGAAAAGUGACUCUGUCUAAACUGAUUAUCUUAUAAAAAAUUAAUGUGAUUUUAUCCAGGCAAUAUGACUUUUAAGUUAA